AUGGAUAUCGGCGGUUUGGAAAAUGUUGUGGCAAACUCAGCCUAUGUGUCCGCCCGUGGCAGCGUGGACGGAUCUGCAGCCACCAUGCGUGACAAGAAGAUGCGCGCCAGGCUGAAACUGCCACACAUCAGAGACUGCGAACACAUGAAGGUGACGGUGGACUCGAGCUUCAACAACAUGUGUCUCAAACAGCCCAUCGGCAAACGCCUCUUUCAUCAGUUCCUGCAGAGUCACGCUAGCCUUAAACACGCAGGAGAGCUGUGGACGGGUAUCGAAGAAUACUCCGUGUGUCCAGAAAACGACAGACUGCAAAAGGCCAGAAAAAUAAUGAACACAUACUAUGAGUCUUCAUCAAAGAGCUUUUGCAGCUUCCUGGAGGAGAAGGCCAUCGUUCGAGUCAAAGAAGACCUGAAGAAUGUCCGCGGCGAUCUGUUUAAAGAGAGCGAGAAGCAGCUGCUCAAACACCUGGAGAAGGAGGCCUUGGAUGGCUUCAAGAACAGCAUGUACUUUCUGCGUUACGUCCAGUUCAAGUGGCUGGAGAGCCAGCCCGUUGACGAGGAGUGGUUCAUGGAGUUCAGGGUUCUGGGCAAAGGAGGGUUCGGUGAAGUGUUCGCCUGUCAGGCGAAAGCUACAGGAAAAAUGUACGCCAACAAGAAGCUGGAGAAGAAGAGGCUGAAGAAGCGCAAAGGUUACCAGGGAGCGAUUGUGGAGAAGCGUAUCCUCGCUAAAGUGCACAGUCGCUUCAUCGUGACGCUGGCGUAUGCCUUCCAGACCAAGACGGACCUCUGCCUGGUCAUGACCAUCAUGAACGGAGGAGAUCUCAGGUGCUCAUCGUAAACUCUCAUCAUAACGCCCUUAAAGCAAAAC